AUGUCCGACAUAUCUGUUGAUCGUUCAUAUUAUUCACCGCUAGCAGAUAGUAUUGCGGCAUGGCAACGUGAUUAUACACCAGGGCCACUUACUGAAGAUGAAUUUCAUCAAUUUUUUGAAGAUGGUUUUGUUCUUAAACACGAUUUAAUAAAACGAGAUCAAUUGACAUCAGUAAUUCCUAGUAUCGAAGGAUUAGUUGAUGAAUUGGCACAAAAUCUUUACCGAGCGGGGAAAAUUCAAGAUCUACAUGAAAAUGAUGAUUUUUAUAAACGUUUAACUGCAAUCGAAGCACAAUUUCCAGGCGCCUGUAUUCUUCUUCAUAAAAAUGGUGUUUUACCAGCAGCAAUUGCAUCACUGUGGUCAAAUGAAACAUUAAUUAGUAUUGCUAAACAAUUGCUUGGCCGUGAUAUUGCUGGACAUCCUGUUUGGAAUUUAAGAGCAAAAGUGCCUAAUCAAGAACAAACAACUGUCCCUUGGCAUCAAGAUACUGCUUAUUUGGAUAAAGAAUGUUGGAAUAUUCUUCAAGUAACAGCAUGGAUUCCAUUAAUAGAUGCAAAUAAAGAAAAUGGAUGUUUACAAGUACUGCCUGGUGGUCAUCGUUUAGGUGUCACGUGUAAACAUAAUUGUUGUGCGGGUGGUACAUGGUAUGUUGAAUUACCCGUUGAAGAAAUGGAAAAAACAUUGAAUAUACCAGUCAAUGAAAAAACAAUCGUUACGUGUGAAGUACCAUUUGGUUCCGUUUUAUUUUUGAAUAAUUUAAUUCCACAUAAAUCAAUGGAGAAUUAUAGUCAAAACAUUCGAUGGAGUUUAGAUUUACGAUGGCAAAACCCAAAUGAACCUAAUGGAUUUUAUGGUUUGAAAGAUAAUAUAUUAAUGACUAAAAGUGAUGAUGAAAAUUUUAAACCAGAUUGGAACGAAUGGUCUAAUAUUAAUAGAGCAAAAUUACAAGAAGCUGCUGUUAAAGAAUCUAUUCGAAAUGAAAUACCAGAAUUAAAAGAACGACAAGAAGAUGAUCCAUUUGAUACAACUAUAUCAGGACCAUGGAUGCAUAAUUGGCCAAUUGUACAUCAUAAUAGACAUACAGCAAAAUUAACAGCCAACAGUACUAGUUGGCAUAAGUCAUAA